UUGACAGCCGCGCCGAAGACAACUGACAACUGACAACUUGGGUGACUGGUGUUGUAGGAAUUGACACUGAUAAACGAAAGCGACAGUGACGGAUUUUGACAGAUUUCAAGUAAACAAUUUGGCCCAGACUCGAAAUGAAGGAUUUAUAUUUAAAAGAAUUCCGAUCCAAAGAAUGACAGCCAGACAUGAGCUCGUCUGCCGUCGUUCAACGGUACGGAAGUACCGGCCAAGUGCAAAGUAUAGAUCCGUACAACGACAAAGGCCAUGUCAGUAUUUAUCGCUCAGCGGAAUUCCGACGGGAGAUUCAGCAGAGGGAGCGGGAGGCCGCCCGGGCGAAGCGUGAUCGACAGCAGGCGGCGAGGGGAGCAGCGAAGCCCGCUCCCCGCACGGUCAUCACCGUUGACACGUCAAGGGCACGCUCCAACAUUGACGUCGUGAGAAUGUGUAUCCGAGAGCUACGCUGGCGAGAGUAUGCCAUGGGACGUCGGGAUUUGAAAUGUGAUGUCUUCUGGCAUGGUGUGAAUGUACAAGACUACAGCUCAUACUAUACGGGACAAAUUAAUAGGUUUCCUGGCAUGGGAGAAAUUCUUGCCAAGAUCAAUCUGUUCCGGACUUUGGAUUUGAUGAAAAGAAUAUUCCCGAAUGAGUAUGAUUUUUACCCGAAAACAUGGCUGCUCCCUCACCAGUAUCAAGAAUUCUGCGCAGAAGUUACGGGUAAUUCCUCGGGGAAGCGGAAGAUGAAAAAGACUUAUAUCGUGAAGCCGAGCGAAGGAUCUCAAGGAGAUGGAAUAUACCUGCUGAAGGAUCCUCAGGAGUACUGUCUCCAUGGCAACCGGUCACAUGUGGUGCAGGAGUACCUGAGUGAUCCUAUGCUGUUGGAAAAAUUCAAAUUCGAUUUGAGAAUUUACGUGACGUUGAAAAGCCUGGACCCAUUAGAGUUUUACAUCGCCAAAGAGGGAAUGGUUCGUUUCUGCACGGUUGCAUACCAGCGCCCUACGUACAAAAACAUGCAGGAGUCGUACAUGCACCUGACAAACUAUUCGCUGAAUAAACACAGCACAACGUACAAUUCCUCGGAGCGAGAAGAUGAGGGCAGCAAGCGGACUCUCUCCAGCGUCUUAAACAAAAUGGCGAGUUUGGGCAUGGACUCGUCAACACUGUUUGAAGCCAUUGAGCGUCUGGUCAGUAAGACAAUUGUGGCGAUAACGCCGGAGUUGCGCGUUGCGUACCAAGCGCACAUCCCAGCUGGGAAACCUGGCCCAUCAUGCUUCCAGAUUCUGGGCUUUGACAUCUUGCUGAUGCGUGACCUUAAGCCCAUGCUCCUGGAAGUCAACUCUUGCCCUAGUUUACGGACAGUUUGUGAACAGGAAGUUGGCCCAGGGGUUGUGACCUACUUACCAUGCCUUAAAGACGAAGAAAUCAAGCGCCCGAUUGUCCGAGAUACCCUGUUACUGGUCGCCCCCAAGGAGAAGCUCGAAGUCUUGAAAAAGGAACGUAAAGAGCGUCGUAAGGUUAGGCGACGGUUCCGUUCCAGAGGAAGCAAUGUUAACCGACAAAGCAACGGAAACUGUGAGAACGCUAGCAUUGACAAAGAUAAUGAGGACACAGUUGUGGAUGAAAACAUGAAGGAGCCGACACAAGCAACCAGCAUCAAUGUCAUCUCUGAGGCUGAUAAUGCCUCUGAGAGUGAUCGCGCAAAAAGCGUUUUUGACCAUGUAGAAAAGCGCCCAGCUUCCACGCCCAUUGCGCUGUUUCGAUAUCAAGAUGAAGACGGCGAAGGCGAUCACACUGAUGCAGAUGCUGAGGUUGCACUGAGUUCAAAACCCUGUGCAAGAUUUGAUGAGGAUGAAAGCGAUGGCGGCUCUUAUGCAAGUGACUCUGAAAAUGAAACUGAAGAAGAGAGUUGUUUGAAACAACUUUAUCCUGCGGUGUAUCAGGCAGAGUAUGAGCGUCUCCGAAUAUUUGAGAAAGUUGCACAUAUUUUUAUGAGCUCCCUUGGCAUCAGAGGCUCGUGGCGAAUCGGGCUCACUGGGUUCAGGAUGUUCACAAGGAAGUGUCGUCUUGGUAGGAGGAAGCUUACUAGUGCGGCCAUUGACAUCCUGUACAUCGAUUUCCAGAAGAAGUGGGAUUACAUGAACCCGGACAGGACAUCAGGAUUGUGCUACCAGGGAUUUGUUGAUGCCUUUCUGGAAAUCGCCCGGCGAAAAUUUUAUUCUGUGGAUAUGGUUGAGAUGCUGGAAAACCUGGUUGAUUAUUGUGAAGCAAACAUGGUUCACAAUUCCCACAGCGCCCCCUAUGUCAACAGGAGGUUGCUAGGGCGACGUGGUAAGAAUCUUCCGCUACGACUAUCCUACGACGACUCGCUUUUAACAGACGUGGACAGUAUGCACAUCUCUGUUUCUUCAACAAAAAAUCAGCGAUACAAAUCGACCGGAGUGUACGGAUCAACAAGAACGCUGUACGAACCAAAAGAGUGAAAUGAAUCAUACAGCCAAAAAGUUAGAUUGUCUAAACAGUAAUUGUGUGUAAUUGAUCUAGUAAAUUUUUGAUCAAAAUUUGAUCAUCUUUGAGACCUGAACUGAAUUCAGAUUUCCCGGGUUUCCUUUUUGCAAAGAUUUAUAGAAAUC